CAUCUCGCCAGUAGUCAACACAUCAUCUCGCCAGUUGUGGUAGUGUCCACGUCAACUCUACUGUCUCUACAACGAUUAAACGUUUCAUGAUGAAGAUGAUUUGGCUGUUAGCUCUGGCGCUGUUGGCUGUUCCGGUAGCGGCCAGAUCGAGUGGCGCCCCCUCAACAGCCUGCCAGACCAUGAUCCCCACCCACGGGACGAACGUCCCCAGGUCUGACACCAGCCCGUUCACAAUUCUCGUCUCACAAGCUGUCUACAGGCCGGGUGACAAUAUCACAGUGAUGUUAAAAGGCAUGUGCGGGAACCAGUUCCUCGGGUUCCUCAUCCAGGCCCGACGGGUGGACAAGAAUGACGUCAGGACUCAGCAGAGGCCGCUAGAGGCGCUGGGCAUCUUCUCGCUGGUGCCGGGCAGCAGAUUCGAGUGCGGGGAGGGACGCAACACUCUGACGCAUGCUGGACGUCUAAAUGUGACGUCACUUGUCGUGACGUGGACAGCUCCUACAGUGCCACAAGGUCAUCUUCAGUUCACAGCGACCCUUGUCCAAAAGUUUGAGACCUUCUGGACCAAAGUGACGUCUGCCGUCAUCCAAGACCCCGCCUCCCCGCCCCUGUCCGUCAGCCCGGGGGAGCUACGCAGCCCUUUCACCCCGCCCUGCGAUGGGGACAGGCCAACCACAUCGACGGCUGUCGCAGUCACGACAACCACAUUAACAACGUCAACCCCAACCCAGCCAACCACACCAACCAACAGUUUAAUCAACCCAUCCACGCCAGUCGAUCUCGUGACGACAACUCAGACGUUUAUGACGUCAUCGGUUGUCCAGGAGCCGCUGCCCACAGGGCCACCAUCUCACCCGCUAACAACGCCGGCUUCGACAGCAGACGUGAAGCCGCCAUCUUGGUCCGUGGCGUCGGCCUUUGAGGCAGACUUGAUGGACGAUCCCAAAUGUGGCCAGGACCGCGGCUGUUUCCUGUCGUGUCGCGCCAAAUCUUGUGACGCGGUGGUCAUGUGGGCAGAUCUGGGCGACCACGUGUGGUUUGACAUAAGAGCCAAGAUGGCCGCCAAACUUCCGGCACAGUACGUAGCUGUGGGCUUCUCAUCGGACACACAGAUGGGUUCUGACAGCGUGGUGGAGUGUCUUGUGACCAGUGACCACCGCAACACCGUCCAGCUGUCCUACAACAGCCGCUUCGACAACUCCGUACUGGAGCAAGUGGAAGGUGUUCUGGUGAAGGAGCAGAUUGAGGUCAAGGACGGUACCAUCCGGUGUCAGUUCGCCAGAAAAAAAUUUCUCACCCGUGAAGGUCAAAUCUAUGACCUUGAAAAGGACUGGUACAUUUUUGUAGCUCAGGGGCUGGUGAAAAACGGACUAAAGGAAGAGCACGUGACCUUGCCAGCAGUGAGCAGCAAGAUGGCGGACUUUCAAAGUCGUCUGGUGUUGUACCAAGCGACCAAAUCCAACAUUUUCAUCAAGGCACAUGCCUGUAUGAUGCUCGUGGCCUGGGUCUUCUGUGCCAGUGUGGGGACGGUCAUGGCCAGGUUCUACAAACAUCUGUGGCCCCACACAAUGUUGUGUGGGAGGAAGGUGUGGUUCACGGUACACCGCGCGUGUAUGAUGUUGGCGGCCGCCCUGACGGUCGCGGCUUUUGUGCUCGUCUUCCUGCACGUCAAGGGGCUCAGUGACAUCAGCAUCCUGCGACUGAAAAAACUUCACCCCGUCAUUGGCAUCGCUGGGACUGCCUUGGUUCUUCUACAGACCGCCAUGGGUCUUUUUAGACCCAGCUCGCUGGCCCAGAGCCGACCAGUCUUCAACUGUGGCCAUCUGUUUCUAGGGGCGACAACCCAUCUUGUUACAGUAUUUAACCUGGUGUUGGGCUGUCAGCUUCAGACAGCAAACAUCCACUUCUCCAUCGUCUACAUGCUCUACGCCUUCGCUGCUUACCAUGUGCUGGUCUUUCUUACACUGGAGAUUAUUUUGUGCAAGAUACGAGUUAAUGUCAAGAAGCAACAGUCCUACGCCAUCUAUGAGAUGAGGAACGCCAUGUACUCCAGUACCAAGGACUUGCUGGACGUGGGGACACCAGAGCCCAAGGGUGCAGCUGUCCUCCGUGUAGUACUGGGUACUCACGCGCUGCUGAUCGGCUCACUGACGACCGCCAUGGUAGCGAUGGUCAUACUCUUGGACGGUCAACACACCGGUCAGCGCUAGCCGGAUAGACGGUCAACAGCGAUAGCAAAUGUCUCAAGUUUUCAUUAUGCCCC